GAUGCAGCCAAUGUUAUCACCAAGACAAUACAAAAUCAUAGUUGAAGAAUGCAUGGAAAAACAAGUUAAAGCAAUAGACUGUGAUAUAGCAUCAUGUAAUGAAGGGAGCCGGACAUACAGGGACUUAAAGCGAAUACGUCAAUCAAUAGAGCAAAAGAGGAAGGAAUUGAUAAGUGAAAGUGUAAAUGACGAACAGGCGGCAUUCCAGAGGUCAAUGGAGGAAACAACAGAACAACCCAAGGAAGAAAGUGAGACUACAGACACGAAAGCAAGUACUUUAUCUUUAGUCUCGAACAACCCUAAUGAAAAAAUUAAAACGCUUGUUAAUUUUAAGUCUGAAUUCGACAGGUGUGUAGUCAGUACAAAACAACAACAAACAGUCAUAGCAAACGUUAACGAAGGCAAAUAAUCCAUGGUAUAUGCAAUACAAACAGAAACAUGUAUACAGGGUAUAGCACUUUGUCACAACAUUCCUUUCUCUAAAAGCAAGAAUCGGUCAGUUUGUCAAUGACAAACUUUGUUUUUGUAAAAGAACUCGAGGUAUUUACAUACAUUUUUCACAACAAAAUAUAAACCAGGUUCAGGAGUAAAGUUAAAUAAAGAAAAUUGAACGACCGGAAUUUUUUCAGACAGUCGGAAAGGCGGAUGAACGGACAACGCAAAACCUAAAUCACUCCGCCUUCUGCGGGGGAUAUAACAAUAUUUCUAGAAGCAAGUUUA